AUUCCCUAUUUAAUUUCAGAAGAAUGAAACUACUCUCGAUAGUCAUCGUGAAUAAAGGAGAAACCUCGGCUAGCAUACUUAAGGCUGGAUAUGAUUUAUCCUCAAUCAGCUUCUUCCAACGGAGUACAGCCCAGGAGUUCAUCACCUUCACAUCCAGAAUACUCACGGAGAGAACACCUCUAGGAGGCAGACAGUCCGUGAAGGAGGCGGAGUACUAUUGUCAUGUAUUCGCCCGGGCGGAUGGUUUGACCGGCGUAUGUUUCUCUGACCACGAAUAUCCUCCGAGAGUAGCGCACACUGUGCUGGCUAGAAUAUUGGAUGAUUUUGCAGGUCAGGUUCCAAGACCUGAGUGGACGAGUGGAAACGAAGUAACCAAGUUCCAGGGACAAAUAGAAUCCUAUCUUGCCAAAUUCCAGGAUCCUGCCGCCUCGGACUCGAUGUCAAGACUGCAGUCGGAUCUAGACGAAACUAAAAUAAUAUUGCACAAUACUAUAGAAGCAGUUCUACAGCGUGGCGAGAAGCUUGAUGAUUUAGUGGAUAAAAGUGAAGCUCUUUCUUUACAAUCGAAAGCUUUCUAUAAAACUGCACGGAAAACUAAUUCUUGUUGUGGAACCAGUUGGGGUUAAACUUAGAACCCUUUCUCUGGGAGUACGGAAUCAGCUGGGUUAUACUGAGAACUUUACUGCGGGAGUACGGAACCAGCUGGGUUAAAACUUGUAGCCAGUUCUCCGGGAGAUUGCAACUUUUCAGAGUUAAUUCUGUUCUUGGGGCCACUUGGACACUUUAUUUUUAAGUAAAAAUAUGAAUCUAGUUAUUGAAAGGGUUUUUUAUAAAUUGCAACUCAGAGAAUUUUCCAUUCUUAAUUUGGGUUUCAAAUUGUGAUCACACCAGGAAUGGGAUACAAAAUAAGUUAUUUUCCCCUUCACCAAAUUAUUGUUCGGCCAUUAAGAUAUCUAUACCUAGCAAAAAGUUGAGGUUUUGUUUAUAAAAAAGUAAUGCUC